UAGAAAACGAUGAUAUGGAAAAAUAUCAUACGCAAAAUGUAUGAUCUAAGAAUGUACCCUGUAGGACUUUAAAGCAAAAAACACCUAAUCCUGAAGCAAGGUGUUUUCACGCAAACAUAAACCAUAAAUUAAAAUAUAACAAAUCGCAAUAAAAGCGAUUUUUAUGUGACUUAUUAUUAAAAAUCGUAUAUCUCCAUACUUUAUACCAACUCGAUAAAUUUCGCUUCAAGCUUUUCGCCCUGUUUUAUGUAAUAAGAAAGAGGUUACAAGCCCUAAAAGUAAUCCUUACGUACAGGAAAUUCAAAUAAAAAUGACAUCGGUAAGCUCCGUUUUGCUGUACGGAGUGCCAAUUGUGUCGUUGUACAUCGAGAACCAGGAGCGCCUCUGCCUUGCACAGAUCUCGAAUACUUUACUAAAGCAAUUCAGUUACAAUGAGAUACAUAACAGAAGGGUUGCGCUUGGCAUCACAUGUGUCCAGUGUACCCCCGUGCAAUUGGAGAUUUUAAGAAGAGCUGGUGCCAUGCCAGUGAGUUCCCGACGCUGUGGAAUGAUAACGCGAAGAGAAGCGGAGCGACUGUGUAAGAGUUUCCUGGGCGAUAACACACCGCCGCGACUUCCAGACGAUUUCGCAUUCAACGUCCAGCACAAAUGUGCUUGGGGCUGCCGCGGAUCAUUCCUACCUUCUCGAUACAACUCGUCAAGGGCAAAGUGUAUAAAAUGUUCAUAUUGCGGAAUGUUUUUCUCGCCAAAUAAGUUUAUUUUCCAUUCGCAUCGCAUAACAACUAAUGACCGGUAUGUUCAGCCCGAUGCGGCGAACUUCAAUUCCUGGCGUCGGCACAUGACACUAAGUGGAAAUGCCUACGAUGAGAAAAUUAUUCAUGCCUGGGAAGAUGUCAAGGCAAUGUUUAAUGGUGGCACUAGAAAACGACUUGUUAGCAGCACCAUUAGUAAUAUAAACCAAGGCUCGCCAACGUCACCAUCGUCCGUUCCUGGAAUUGGCGGAAGUUCCUGCAGUUCACCAACGAACUUCGAAAAAGAUGUCAAGGACAGUGAAUGCGAAAGAAAUCCAGAGUCCCCGCAACCAAAGAGAUCAAUAGAUAGUCAGUAUAACUACAGUACUGUGGCUGCAGCUGCAGCUGUGGUCGGAGUGACGGCGGUGGCAGCUGCAACAGUGGGUGUACCUUUUAAUUUGCAUGGCUCUACCGUCUUGUCACCUUUGCAUUCUCUUCGCAACGAGCGGGAGCUAUCCAUAAUGCCAAUUUCUAGAAACUUUGUAGUGGACUACAUGUGGCAGCAGAAGGAUCAACAUUACCAAGAACAGUAUUCGAAAAAACUCAUCAGUGGCGACAACAACGAACAAAGCCAGGAUUUUGGCUCUUGCCCACGAUCGUGGUCUCGACCCGACGCGAAUCUCUCAUUGUCGACUGUUAAUGCGGUUCGACUCUCCGAUGAAAGUCCAAUCAAUAUAAAAAACGAGUCCCGUUCAUCGCUAUGUGGCGUUAUGAAAAGCCGUAAGCUGUCUGGAGUUGCAAACAAGGGGCUAACCCUCGCCGAAUACAACAUUCCUUCGAUAAUAAACUGCUCUGCAUUUAAGCCAGUCGUCGCUUCAACAGCAAUUGUAUCCACAUCUUUAUACACGAGAUCUAGUGAUUCAAAAAGAUGCCAUUAUAUUCACCCUGCACAAUCAACAAGAACAACAACGGUUCUUACUCAUAAUAGUAUAUCGGGUUCUACUCACCAGAUAGUGGGUCAUGAGGCUUUUUCGCCACUCCUAGAAACAGUGGAAUCUAGUUUUGAAAAAAAGUCUUUAAGUGUAGUCAGAAGUACAGACGAUAACGACGAUGACGACGAACUGGUGGACAUCGAGACAACGGAAGACGAAGGUAAACUUUUAAAUCAACAUGUUGAUGUUCCCCAAACACUUGGCAACACUGUGUCUGAAAGCGAAAGCAGUAUUCUUUCCCAGUCAAGCAGUACAAAUAUUGAUGAAGAAGCAGACAUCGAUAUAGAUGUCAUUUCCACAGAUGCCGAAGAUCAACUAGAUUUUAAUGACAAUGAAUGCUCAACUAAAAAUACGAAUUCUGUCUCAAUGUUUCAAUUUGAAAAAAAGAAAACGUCAGGUGUAUCUCCAAUAAGCAAGCCGUUAUUGUGCGAAAACAAAUUAAAAAAUCCAGAGGAUUCAAAAGGAUUUAAUCAAAAACUUUUAACUCGUCGGAAAAACGAUAACACUCAACUGGAGCGAAACCUUUUAAAAAAAGGUGUUCCGAAAUUAAUUGGCGAGAAAUCAAAGUGCUUAGCUGCAAAAGAUGUAUCCUCCAGCCUGCAAAUACAGCAACGGGUUGCCUUUCCAGUAUUCUUGAAGUCUCACUUGCACUCGUUCUGUCCACAACAAUCUCGGCAGGCAACCUUUAGUCCCAACUCUUUGACGGAGCCCAGCACAUGGAGCUAUCCAAUCGGCAACAUUGGACCACUAUGUUGUUACGAAACAGCCACAAGUGAAAAUUGUCUAGACCUUAAGUAAAUUUUUAAAAUAUAGAAAAUCUGAAAUGUA